GAAAAAACAUAUAAAUAGAUAAUAAUAAAAUCCGCCACUUAUCGUCGUCUCCAGUCAGCUGUUCCUCGCGGUGUAGUUGGACGCGCUGUGUCGCCGUGAAAGUGAAAUUUUUUCAACAACAAUCUCUAACCAUAAUCUUUGAUAAUUGAAUGAGGGCUUCUAUUAAUCGGCCUCCGACGCCUGAACCGGAGGAUGAUCGAGAACACCAACCCACUUUUCAAGAAUCAAUCAACAUCAAGCUGAUUGAAAGUGGUGAGAAAGAGCGGCUGAAAGAGCUCUUGAGAGAGAGGCUCAUUGAAUGCGGCUGGAAAGAUGAGAUGAAAGCACUCUGCAGGGCAUAUGUAAGGAAGAAAGGAAGGAACAAUGUUAGUGUUGAUGACCUUGUGCAGGUCAUUACUCCAAAAGGCAGAGCCUCAGUUCCAGAUUCAGUGAAAGCCGAGCUGCUGCAGCGCAUCCGAUCUUUCCUUGCAUCAACAGCCAUCUAACAUACACGAGAUGACUGCAAGCUGCAGAAAAGUAUCUCCUUCAUAUCCUUACUAAACCGGCUAAAACCAAUUAAUCUAUACCUAUAAAAUGAAUUUGUUUGAACUUGUCAAAUUUUAUCGAUUCUGUUGGAGAAUCCAAGUCAAGUUCCAUCUUCAGGUUAUGAAGAAUGUCGCAUUGUGUAAGCUCGCAGUCAACGAGAACCGGGUUGGUGAGUGUUUUUGUUGUAGAAUAUGCAUGUAAAAAGCUAGCUGUAUGAGAUUUAUGAAAGACUCUCUAACUUUCAUGAUAACAAGUCUGUUUUUACUGAAAAUUUGGUCAAUUGUAACUCUUGGUUGGGUCUACCUCAAUGGCAUAUUAUAUAUUUUGGAUU